AUGGGUGCACCUAUUCUCAUAUAUGUCUUAUGCACUGCAGUCCUUUUUGAGGCAUUAAGAAGGCUGAGUCGUAUUGGUAGACGGCCGGCGGACUUCCCUCCAGGGCCUCCGACAUUGCCUAUUUUGGGAAAUAUUCAUCAGCUCCCCAAGUCCCAAGCGCACUUGCAGUUUCAGAAAUGGGCACAGGAAUAUGGCCCAGUGUACAGUCUUAUCCUAGGAACGCAAGUGUUAAUCGUGCUGUCUAACGAUGUGGCGAUUAAAGAGCUACUGGAUAAGCGUGGUGGCAUCCAUAGCGAUCGUCUUGAGAUGUACAUUGGACAGACGCUUUGCAGUGGCGGUUAUCGAUUUUUGAUGCUGGGAUACGGGGACAGCUGGCGAAUGUUCCGGAGACUUGGACACCAGCUGCUUAACGUACAAUCCUCGAAAGCAUACGUACCGUAUCAAAUUCUAGAAAGCAAACAAUUAUUACGUGAAAUGUUGGAUCGCCCAGAUCUAAUACUCGAAAGUUUGCGCAGAUAUAGCAAUUCUUUGUCAACUCAGACAAGUUGGCGAACAGUACGACAUGAUGAUCCGAGACUUCUGCAGGUAUUCAAAGGCUUCAACGACGUUGGAAAGAUUACUCAGACGGGAGCAUCUGCAUUCUUGGAUUUUUUUCCAAUCUUAAGAUGGCUUCCUGAAUUUUUGACCCCAAUGAAGAGACAGGCCAAGGAACUGCACAAGAAAGAGAUGGACAUGUACCUGAAUCUGUGGCUCGAGGCGAAACAAAGCUACAAAAACCAGACGCACAAUGAUUGUAUCUGCGUUUCUCUUGCACAGCAGCAAGAGAAGAAUGGAUUCACAGAUGAACAGGCUGCAUACGUAGCUGGAAGCUUUCUCGAGGCAGGCUCAGACACAACAUCAUCAACGCUAUACGGCUUUAUUCAAGCAUUGAUAUUAUUCCCCGAGGUACAACGCAAAGCACAGGAAGAGAUAGAUCGCGUUAUUGGAUCUGAUCGCCUUCCAACACUGGAUGAUGAGGAUAGCUUGCCAUAUAUCCGCGGCUGUGUCAAGGAGUCACUUCGAUGGAUGCCCACUGCGCUUCUUGCAGGAGUUCCACACGCAUCCAAUCGCGAGGACGAAUACAUGGGAUACCGAAUUCCUGCUGGUGCAGGACUGGUCAACAAUGUUUACACCAUCCACAUGGACCCGCAACGGUAUCCUGAUCCGCGGGCAUUUAAACCAGAGCGAUUUGAAGGCGACAUGGCCUCAGCAGCAGAUUCAGCACUGAAUCCAGACCCGUCUAAGCGCGACCACUAUGUCUUUGGAAGCGGCCGCAGGAUCUGUCUCGGUAUUCACGUUGCUGAGAGGAGUCUCUUUAUUGCCAUCUCGCGGAUGCUCUGGGCUUUUGACUUUCUUCCCGAGCUUGACUCAAAUGGCCAACCCAUCUUGCCUGACCCUGAUAAGCUCACGGAAGGACUUUCAGUGUUGCCAGAGAAAUUUGGAGUUCAAAUCAUACCUCGUGAUGAAGCUCGAGCUCGCAAGAUUGUAGACGAAUCUAAGGGAAUAGUGAUGCAAUGA